CCUUUCCUAACACACAUCACAAGGAUUACUUUAUGUCUCCUGUAUCAGACGCCACCAACAUGGUUGUUCCAGGAACUCAAGAGCCCGAGGAGAAGAUAUUCUAUCCACCGGAUGGCAUGUUUUCAGAUGCGCACGUUCCAGAUUUUAAUGCAUAUCUUUCUCUAUACAAAAAGUCUAUUGAAGAACCUGAAGAGUUCUGGGGAGAUGUUGCUCAAGAGUUCUACUGGAAGAAGUCCCCGUCAGGCCCGAUGAUGCAGUAUAACUUUGAUGUAACCAAGGGGGAAAUUUACAUCAAGUUCAUGGAGGGUGCAAAAACCAACAUUUGCUACAAUGUUCUCGACCGAAAUGUGCAUGAAAGGAACCUGGGCGAGAAAGUGGCAUACUACUGGGAGGGAAACUCACCUGAUCAUCACCUGACGAUCACCUACAGCCAACUGUUGAGACAGGUGUGCCGAUGUGCUAAUGCUUUAAAGCUGCUGGGUGUGAAUAAGGGGGACAGAGUCGCUAUCUACCUUCCCAUGAUUCCAGAGCUGGUGUACACAAUGCUGGCCUGCGCUAGAAUUGGUGCAGUCCACUCGAUUGUGUUUGCAGGCUUCUCCUCGGAGUCUCUCUGUGAUAGAAUCAUGGAUGCUCAGUGCAAAGUCCUGGUAACGGCAGAUGGUGUGUACAGAGGGGACAAGCUGAUCAAUUUGAAGAAGAUUGCGGAUGAGGCUUUAGAGCGUUGUAAGGGGAGCCCAACCUUCUCUGUUCAGAAAUGUGUGGUGGUGAAACAUCAUGGCUUCAUAACAAACAGUGAUUCUUCCAACAAACUACAGACACCAUGGGAUGCAGAGUGUGAUAUAUGGUGGCAUGAUCUUAUGGACGGUGCGUCAGAUGAGUGUGAACCGGAGUGGGUGGACGCUGAAGAUCCUCUGUUCAUUCUGUACACCAGCGGAUCUACCGGCAAACCCAAGGGGGUUGUCCACAGCGUCGCUGGUUAUAUGCUCUAUACAUCACUGACCUUUAAGUAUGUUUUUGAUUAUCACCAUGACGACAUUUACUGGUGCACUGCAGACAUUGGCUGGAUCACAGGCCACUCCUACAUCACAUAUGGCCCAUUAGCCAAUGGAGCGACGAGCGUGCUCUUUGAAGGUGUGCCGGUGUAUCCACAUGUGGGCAGAUUGUGGGAGAUUAUUGAGAAAUAUGGAGUGUCUAAAUUCUACACGGCGCCCACCGCUAUUAGACUGCUGAUGAAAUACGGCAAAGAGCCACUACAGCGGUAUGAUUUGUCCAGUCUACGUGUGUUGGGUACAGUUGGUGAACCCAUAAACCCAGAGGCUUGGCUUUGGUAUCAUGAGGUUGUGGGGCAGCAGCGCUGUCCUGUUAUCGACACAUUUUGGCAAACAGAGACGGGCGGCCAUGUUUUGACCCCACUUCCUGCUGCUACACCACUGAAGCCGGGAUCUGCUACAUUCCCGUUUUUCGGAGUUCAGCCCGCCAUUCUUAACGAACAUGGAGAAGAAUUAGAGGGGGAGGCGGAGGGAUACCUGGUUUUCCGGCAGCCCUGGUCUGGAAUGAUGAGGGGUGUAUACCAGGAUCAAGAACGUUUUGAAAACACCUACUUCAGAAAAUUCCCAGGAUUCUAUGUGACAGGAGACGGCUGCCGGCGUGACAAGGACGGAUAUUACUGGAUCACAGGAAGAAUUGAUGACAUGCUCAAUGUCUCUGGUCAUUUGUUGAGCACGGCAGAGGUGGAGGCGGCUCUAUCUGAGCAUCCAUCGGUUGCGGAGGCCGCGGUUGUCAGUCACCCACAUUCAGUGAAGGGAGAGUGUAUGUAUUGCUUUGUCACGCUCAAAGACCACCAAGAGUUCAACCGUGCGCUCAUUGAGGAACUAAAGAGGAAAGUGAGGGAGAAAAUCGGACCAAUAGCCACACCAGAUUUCAUCCAGAAUGCCCCUGGUCUCCCCAAAACACGUUCAGGUAAGAUCAUGCGACGAGUUCUUCGACAGAUCGCCCGCAACGAAAAGGACCUGGGUGACCUCUCAACCCUGGCUGACCCCCAAGUCGUGGAAGUUCUGUUUAGCCAAAGAUGUGAGGCAGCUGCGUGAUAACGGGCUAAUCGCUCCUCGCUCUGAUGGUUUAGAUGCCUCAGUAACCCUGUGUGUGCUCGCCCAGGGUUAAAGACAUUGGGUUUGGGGUUAGAAUGGGCACUUAGAUCAGAUCUUAUGGGGUGUAACUUUCAAAAAUCUGCCCUAAAUACAGAACAAAAACUGCUUGAUUACAAAUCACAAAUGAUAUGCCAGAUCUUCAUGAAAUCCUGGGUCACAUUUGUCAUCAGGACACACUUAUUGCCUUUAUGAUUCAUUUUGUAAGUUGAAUUUAUGAAAUGUUUAAGUCUACUUUAUUGUUUUGUUGCAAGUUAAAUCUCUGCUCAUAUGAAGGAGUGUUUGGUUUAUUUUUAGGAACUGGUUUUAUAUCACAAACUUUGACACUUUAUGAUGUUGUUCACAUUGCAGAUAAAAUGUAUCUACUUGAUCAGCAUAUAACAGUAAUCACUGGACUGAUUGUUGUGUUUAUGUGUAAUAGUGUCUAUGAAAUAAACAUAUUGGAAAAGG